CUGUUCUUAAAAUUUUUAAUUCUCUCUUUUAUUAACUCAUCAAAAAACUUUAAAAUGUCUUCCAAUAGUACAAAAUCUCCCAAAAAAUUUUCCAAGGAAAUAUAUCCCCGCCAUAAACAUUUUGCUAAUCGGCUAAAGCAAACGCUAGCUGUGCUUUUCAGCCUAUGGACAUUAAUUGUUGCUCCUUUUUGUAUAAUUUCAAUUCUUCUACUUUUCGGAUUUUAUACACUUUUAUGGCCUUUUGCUGGUUUAUACCUUGUCUGGUACCUUUAUGACAUAAAACAGCCUUGCCGUGGUUCAAGGCCUAGGGAAUAUGUAAAAAAUUGGCAAAUAUGGAGGCAUAUAGUUGAUUACUUUCCUAUUGAAAUACACAAAACUGCUGAAAUACCUCCUACACAAAACUAUAUUUUUAGUGCCCAUCCGCACGGAAUUCUUGGCUCUAGUAGCAUGCUUCUAUUCUCCAGUAAUGCUCACAACACUCAAAAAUUGUUUCCUGGCAUUGAUUUGCAUGGCAUAAUAAGCUGCAAUCCUGAAUCAAUUUCUUACGUGUUAAGUAGGCCAAAGAUGGGGAACGCUGUCGGGAUUGUGCCUGGAGGUGCUGCUGAAUCAUUAGAAUCUUUCCCUAAUGUGCAUCGUAUAAUACUAAAAAAUAGAAAAGGCUUUGUUCGUUUGGCCAUUAAGAAUGGUGCAUCCUUGGUCCCUGUUUAUCACUUUGGCGAGAGCAGCCUUUUCCGGCAGAUUAGUACCAAGGAAUUCAGUUUAGCAAGAAAAUUUCAGAAUCUCGUAAAGCGGUGGACUAGUGUUGCUUUUCCUUUUGCUUAUGGGCAAAAUUUUUUAGCAAGCUUUUUGCCAGUUGACUAUAUCCACAAGCUGCCUAGAUUAUUAACUAUUGGACUACUUCCCUUCAGGAAUAAGGUGGUUACCGUUGUUGGAGCACCAAUCCCGGUGAAAAAGAAUGAGAAUCCGAGCGAAGAUUUAGUGGACAAAGUUCAUGCUGAAUACUGCCUCAGGCUUAGGGAGAUGUUCAAUCAGUAUAAAACAAAAUUAGCGGGAUUACCAACUGACGCAGAAUUACAAUUUUUAUAAAUCAUCUGAAUUUAUUCAAAUAGAAUUUUUUUAUAAAAGUCUAUGAGUACAAUUGUUGUAGUGGAGAAAAUUUUAAAUUUAAAAAAGGAAAUUACAUAAUAGGAAAAUUGGAACAACUACACUCACUAAACAAAUAAUCAGAUCUUCAGUUCAAGUUCAGAUGUUUAUCCUUUUCAAUCUUCAUCUUCAGAUUAAAUUUCUUACUAUCAGAUAUAUCCUUAACGUCAACUUAAUCUAAAAUAAGAUAUUUCUAGAUUUAUUUAAGCAUUUGAUACUAGAUGCUCCUCCUUGUUCCAUAGGUGCAACAGUAUUAAAAGACCGUUGCUGAUCCUUACUUGUUGGCAUUCCUGUAUUAUUUUUUAUAGUUGCAUGUGUCAUCUCACCGUUGUUUCUACCAAAAAUUUUGUUUAUAACAGCUCGGCGAUAGGGUUUUACCAAGAAGAUUGUGGACAGGGGAUUAAUUACCUCAAAAUUUACAAUACGGAUGGAUUUAUUUUAAAAAUUUCAUUGAAUAUAAACAAACCGGGGCAAAAUAUAGCG